AUGUGCGAUGGCUGCUACGGCAGCGGCAGUGGCGGUGGCUGCAGCUGCAGUGGCCACACAGACCGCUGUGAUGCUUCAGCGGUGGCGACGGCUGAGCUCUGUGUGAACAGCAGGCUGCCAACGAUGGGAUCUGCAGCCCCCAGGGAGAGAGCCAGAGUCUUUUUGUGUUCUCUUUUCGAUGACCCGCUCGGCUCCCUGGCUGCGGCCGUCGCCGCCCGCCCCAUGUCCGCCCUCCUUCCCGGCCGCGGUCGGGCUGGCGCUCGUGUCCCGCCUGCUGGACUGGUUCCGCUCGCUCUUCUGGAAGGAGGAGAUGGAGCUGAGCGAGCGGGGCUGCAGUGCUCGGGCAAGACCACCUUCGUCAGUGUCCUCGCGUCAGGUCAAUUCAGUGAAGACGUGAUACCCACCGUGGGCUUCAGCAGGAGGAAGGUAACUAAAGGUAACGUCACCAUAAAGAUCUGGGGCCUAGGUGGACAACCUCGAUUUCGGAGCACGUGGGAACGGUAUUGCAGAAGAGUCAACGCUGUUGUUUACAGGAGAGAUGCUGCAGAUCGUGAAAAGAUAGAAGCUUCCCGAAAUGAGCUACGUAAUCUUCUCGAUAAACCACAGUUACAAGGAAUUCCAAUAUCACACUUCAGUGGCUUAUUCAACAUUCAAAAUCUAGAAGAAGCUGAAGCAUCUCCUGAAGUCUUCCAGUCCUUCUUGGCUAUAAUCCUAGAAUUAUUGUCCGUUCCUCUGAAGUACUUCCCAGAAUACGGUCCUUCCUAAACCCAAUAAAUUGCCUUUUUCAGAGUUUAUUUCUGAUGUGCACUGCUGAAGAUGUAUAUCCCUAAUCCUUCAUAAAGAAUCAGCUAGAGUUGUCAUGACAAAGUCAGCACACACAAAAAGGCUUCUUAUACAUACUUGUCUUAAACAGUGUGUAGAGCUUUUUUAAAAAAAACACUUUUGACCAUCUUAAAUCAAGAAAAUUGCAUAUUUUGUUCUGGUCUUUCUGGGCCAGAUUUUUAUAUUGGUUUUCAGUAAGUGUCCAUAAUAUUUCAUUAUAUAGUCCAGUAGCUUAAUACUGAUAAUGACUUGAUACAGCAUGAAGUUUCUAGUGCCACACACAGUAUUUAGAAAACCUUUAAGCCUGAUUCAUGUGGGAUAUAAACAUAAUGUUUAUCUCACAAAUGUAUGUGAAAUGUAUAAUUACACCUUAGGAAUUCAAAAUGGUCUGCAAUGAGUGAGCAGAGGCACCAGAUCAAGGUUUUUGGUUCUUUACACUGGUGAGAGUCUACCUGAUGAAUAUUAAAACAUUCUGCUUUCU